CCUAUAUAUCCUGUUCAAUUUCAUGAGUUUUUUCUUUAACACCCUUGAAUCCUUCACCACUUUGCUUUCUCAAUCCAAAUUAAUUAGCUAAUUGCAAACACUAUUUCUAAUCAGAUAUUCACUUAUAAAUCCAAGAAGAAAGAUGAAAAUAUACGUGAAAAAUGGGAGUUUAAUUAUUUUCGUGGUGGCUUUGAUGGAGUUUUUUGGAAAUAUAGAGGGUGCAACAGUGACAUGCGAACCUAAAUAUGGGUUCUUACCAUGCACAAACGAAACAUGGGGAGCACUUUUCCUAUAUAUGGUUUAUCAAUACUUGAUGGCUCUUGGUCAGAAGUAUGUUUCUGAAGGAUCCGAUAAGUUCUUUGGUCUUAUCGGGCCGGGUAUAUUUGGUGCAAGUUUGUUUCAUAUUCUUGCAAACUUCCCUACCCUUUUCCUCGUCCUUCAGUCAACGUUAUCAAGUGAAGACGGAGGUGCUUCAGCAACUACUUCUAGCAUGAACACGCUAACAGGAUCGAUGGUCAUGAGUCUAACGAUAAUUUGGCCAUCAGUCAUCACUUUCGGAAGUUAUGAUCUUUCAGAUGAUGAUGACGAUUCCAUCUCAUCAGAAGAAGACGAACCAUCAUUCUUCAAAAAAUUGACAGCAUAUGGAGUUACAACUGAUAAUGAAACAAGCUACACAGCAAGAAUCAUGCUUGUGUCAGCAAUCCCUUUUAUCCUUCUCCAACUCCCAACAAUCAUCAAUUCGACAUCAAUAACCCGAGUGAUAAUUCUACUCACUCUCCUCCUUGUGUUGUCUAUGUACAUUACUUACAUUACGUAUCAGAUGUUCCAACCAUGGAUAGAGAACAGGAGAUCCGAGUAUGUGACACAAAAAUUUGUCAAGGACAAAUUACAGACGUUACUCUCUACAAACGGGAAGCCAAACGUGCGGCUUAUUAGAGAGAUUUAUAAGGGACUUGAUGAAAAUCAAGAUGGGAAAGUAUCGAAGGUUGAAUUGAAAACUUUCCUUCUAGGAAUAAAAUUGCAAACAAACGAUGCAACAAAAGAUGAUCUUGUAGAAAUUAUUAUGGAUCGGUUUGAUAUCUCUGGCGACCAAUCUAUUGAAGAAAAUGAGUUUGUUAGAAUUCUAAUCAAAUGGCUCCGGGAAGCAAGGAAAUCGGUCUCUCAAAACGAUUAUAACCCUCUUAGCUUCUUCGCAACCGAACCUAGUGAGGAUGCUGAUGAAGAACAUCAAAAGGCUUUGCUACCUAAGGAAAUAAUCUCUAGGGCUGAAACUUCGAUAUUGGAGUUUUUACAGGCUUUGAGUCUAAUACUCUUUGGGACUGUUUUGUCGGGUCUUGUUUCAUCACCACUUAUAUCGAAUGUUAUGACUUUUGCUAAUCAUGCGAAUGUCCCUUCCUUUCUCAUCCCAUAUUGUGUAGUACCAUGUGCCACAAACAUAUCACGUAUCUUAUCAACGAUUCGCUCUGCAACCCAAAAGACUGAACGAGCCUCAUCUUUAACGUUUUCUCAAAUCUAUUCAGGAGUCGCCAUGAGUAGUAUGAGUAGUUUGACGACAUUCUUAUUAAUUGUGUACAUAAAAGAUCUUUCAUGGGAUGUAUCAGCUCAGCUUUUGGUUGUGAUGAUAAUUUGUGUAGGGAUGUCAGUUUUGACAAGUACAAGAAAAGUUUACCCACUUUGGACUGGUUACGUGAUCUAUCUAAUGUACCCUAUAUCACUACUAAUGUUGUACAUGCUUACUGUUGUUUGGGUCUAGUCAUAGGCUAGUUUAAUCUUAUAUACACUACCAUUCGAUUUUUUUUUUUUUUAAUUUUACGUGUCAUUGAAUAUCAAGG